AUGGCUUCCGCGGGAUCGUCCGGCGGCUCUGUCAGUGAGCUCGCCGCGAAGCUCUACGAUGCAUGCCUGACCAAGUUCCCCCCUGAUCACCUCUUCAACCAACAAGAAUUGCUGGGCCUGGGAGUCCUUCCCAAGUCCGACCUUGCGCUUCUCCUCCAAUGCACCCAAUCGCUCGUGGAUCAAAAGCUGUUCCGGCUUUUACAGCAGAAUAACCGUUUGGCCUGGAAGAUCAUCUCCCGGGACGAUGCUGAAAAACUUCAAAAUCUGAGCCAUGACGAAAGUAUGGUCUACAACGUGAUUCAUUCGACCGGUCGUUCUGGUAUCUGGGUCCGCGCCAUCCAAAACCGUACAAACCUCCACAAGUCCAUUCUAGAUCGCUGCCUCAAGUCGCUCGAAGGGAAAAACUACAUCAAAAGCGUCCACAAUGUCAAGUUCCCCAGCCGGAAGAUGUACAUGCUGGCGGGCCUGGCCCCUAGCGAAGAUGUCACCGGUGGCGCUUGGUUCACGGACGGCGUGCUGGACGAGGACUUCAUUACCACGAUGGCGGGGUAUAUCGAGUACACCGUGAGUCGAAAAAGUUGGUUCGAAAUCUCGUCGGCAGACGGACCAAGCAAGCGCAUCAAAACCGCCGACGGAAGCGCAUCGUUGAAACAGGAGCCCGGCCAGAGAGAAUACAUCCCCUUCCCCGCCGGAUACCAAGGCUAUCCCACCGUCGCGACGAUCACCGCCGCCGUCAACGGGAGUGAUCUCACCCCCGUGCGCCUCGGCGAAGAAAGUGUCCUGCAGCUCCUUGAGAUGCUUUGUUUCGACAACAAGCUCGUCGCCUUGAACAACGGGGAAAUCUAUCGAUCCGUCAAAAACCCCGUGGCCGUGAAACAAUCGCAAGCCCGGAAGCCCGCCGGAGACGACGACGCGUCGGAUCGACUGGUGCAGAACGGCAUGACGGAAGCACCUUGCGGCCACUGCCCCGUCUUCAAACUCUGUGCCCCCGGAGGCGCCGUGAGUCCGGAAAGCUGCGAAUACUUCGAUCCGUGGUUGGAGAAAGCUCUGGGAUUUUGA